CAAAGAUAUUGUCAAUUUACAAUAUGAAUUUAAAUUAUAUAUUAAACACUUUAGAUUCUUCAGGAUAUUUUGGUCAUGUAAUUAGUACAGAAGAAAGUAUAGUCCUACAAAGUUCUCUUUUGAUUCUUCAAAACGAAAAUCAUUUUAAGGAAAUAUAUUUUUGGGGUAAAAUUUUUGGCGCCGAAAAGGAUUAUUACAUUGCUUAUGGAUAUCAGAAGGAUAUUUUGCACGGAAAAGUUUUUUAUUAUAGUAGGAAUUGUGUAGAUUGGGGAUUGUUGCCUAAACCUACUCAAAAUGGUCUUUCCUUGACACCUCUUUGCACUACAAAAUUUCAAGGUGAUCCUUCUAUGAUUAUUGAAAUAGUAUUAGAGCAAGAUGAAACAUUGAUUGGUGGUAGAAGAAAACAGUCAGAAACAAGAAAACUUAAGGAAGAAGACCGUCUUGCUAGCACAGUUUAUUUAAUAAUGGAAGAAUCAGCUGUCAUUCCUAGGGCAGGUAUAUUUCGCCAACCAGAUGGAGUAGUAGUAAAUAAUCUGGGCUUUGAAGGACUUCAGUUGUUAGAUGCGCGUGAAUGGAGUUCAUUUUUGCAUUUGCGAGUUCCUACUAGAAAACAAAAUACAAAUCUGUUAACUAGAGAUGAUUACAAUUACGCAACAGACUUUUUAGAUCCCAUAGACAACGAUAUACCUGAGGGUUGUUGGAUGAUUCAAACAACUCAAAGUGAGGAUCUUGUUAUACUGAAAUCAAUGUAUUGGCCUGGACUUGUAUUUUUUCACAAUUUAAAAACACCUAAGCAUGGUUUUAUCUAUUUUGGACAUGGUAAAAAAUGUUUGGAUGUUCCAUUCAUGCUUAGCCCUUUUUUUACUUAGUGUUUUAUAUUCAGGUUAUUUAUUUAAUGUAAUAAAUUUAAUAAAACUGUUAA